GGCGAGUUCAGCCGGAGAGCAGAUCACAGCACUCUCUCCAGAUGCGGUGUGGAGCGCAGUCUGGCCCGCGCUUCCCAAACUGCAUCUCGAGCCCCCCCCCCAUCCCCAAAGGUGGGAUGGACCUGGGCACCCCUAGGCGCUGGCGGGGCAGCCCCAAUCGGCGGAGACCAGAGGCUGGAGAAGGGUGUGUGCCUGUGCGCAGAGGAGUCUUCUGAACCCUGGGCUCUCCACUCAGUUACCUUUCCAUUUCCAGAAGGCGGAACUCGCCUGAGUGGGCUCAGCUAUUUCCUUUCCUCCACCCCCACCCCACCCGCUUGUUGUCAUUAGUAUUCUACUGCUGUGGUGCAUCCGCUGAGCUAGGUGUCCUGCUCCCUCUGCGUCCAGCUUAGGUGGGGUGGCACUGGGUACGAGGCGCCCUGCUUCUUUCUGUGCGUGCUGGACUUCUCCGUGGACGCACAUGGUGCCCGGCUCACGGCUGGCAUGCAGCCUCCCAGCGUGGCUUGUUGAGAAAGGACGGAUUGUCUGUGUUGGCGUCACGUCUUUGCUUGUUAACCUCGCGGAUCCUUUAGAUGGAGCUCAGGUACCUGUCACACCAUUCUUUGGCGACGGGCACUUGGUGACAGUGACCUCAUCCCAUCAAACACUCUACAAAUUGUCAUCUCUGGAUCCCCAGCUGACACCCUGCCGAGGGCAAGAGCGACUAAGCCAGCUGGAACUGUGCCGGCUUUCUUGUCCAGGUUUUUUUCCUACACAGGAAAAAGAAAGAAGAAAAAAAAGAUGAAGUUGGGCAAAGUGGAGUUCUGCCAUUUCCUGCAGCUCAUUGCCCUUUUUCUGUGUUUUUCUGGGAUGAGUCAAGCGGAGCUGUCAAGGUCCAGAUCCAAGCCUUAUUUUCAGGCCGGGCGGCCCCGGACCAAACGCAGCUGGGUGUGGAAUCAGUUCUUUGUGCUGGAGGAAUACAUGGGCUCGGACCCCCUCUAUGUGGGCAAGCUUCACUCUGAUGUUGAUAAAGGCGAUGGGUCCAUCAAAUACAUCUUGUCAGGCGAAGGGGCCAGUUCCAUUUUCAUUAUUGAUGAGAACACGGGGGAUAUUCACGCCACGAAGAGACUGGACCGCGAGGAGCAGGCCUACUACACACUCCGUGCCCAGGCACUGGACCGGCUCACCAACAAGCCCGUGGAGCCCGAGUCCGAAUUUGUCAUCAAGAUUCAGGACAUCAAUGACAAUGAGCCCAAGUUCCUGGAUGGCCCUUACACCGCUGGCGUCCCAGAGAUGUCUCCUGUAGGGACCUCAGUGGUACAAGUGACAGCCACGGAUGCUGAUGACCCCACAUAUGGCAACAGUGCUCGAGUGGUCUACAGUAUUCUACAAGGACAGCCAUACUUCUCUGUGGAGCCCAAGACAGGAGUCAUCAAGACCGCCCUUCCAAACAUGGAUAGAGAGGCUAAAGACCAGUAUUUGCUUGUUAUCCAGGCAAAGGAUAUGGUUGGGCAAAACGGAGGACUUUCAGGAACAACGUCGGUCACCGUGACCCUCACUGAUGUCAAUGACAAUCCUCCUCGCUUUCCUCGAAGGUCUUACCAGUAUAACGUCCCAGAGUCCUUGCCAGUGGCCUCAGUUGUUGCAAGAAUUAAAGCUGCGGAUGCAGACAUAGGCGCCAACGCGGAAAUGGAAUACAAAAUUGUAGAUGGAGAUGGACUGGGAAUUUUCAAGAUCUCUGUUGACAGAGACACACAAGAAGGCAUCAUUACUAUACAGAAGGACCUUGAUUUUGAAACCAAAACAAGUUACACGCUGCGAAUAGAGGCUGCCAACAAAGAUGCUGACCCACGGUUUCUGAGCUUGGGGCCCUUCAGUGACACAACGACGGUGAAGAUAAUUGUGGAAGACGUGGAUGAGCCCCCUGUUUUCUCCUCCCCAUUGUACCCCAUGGAAGUAUCAGAGGCAACCCAGGUGGGGAAUAUUAUUGGCACAGUCGCCGCCCAUGACCCGGAUUCUUCCAACAGCCCUGUUAGGUAUUCAAUUGACAGAAACACGGACUUGGAGAGAUACUUCAAUAUUGAUGCCAACAGUGGAGUGAUUACAACUGCCAAAUCUUUGGAUCGAGAGACCAAUGCUGUUCAUAAUAUCACAGUCCUUGCAAUGGAGAGCCAGAAUCCUUCUCAAGUAGGACGGGGCUAUGUGGCCAUCACCAUAUUGGACAUCAAUGACAAUGCCCCUGAGUUUGCCAUGGACUAUGAAACCACCUUGUGUGAGAACGCCCAGCCUGGGCAGGUCAUCCAGAAAAUCAGUGCUGUUGAUAAAGAUGAACCAUCCAACGGACACCAGUUUUAUUUCAGCUUAACUACAGAUGCAACAAAUAACCACAACUUCUCUCUGAAAGAUAACAAAGACAACACUGCCUCUAUUCUCACCAGGAGGACUGGCUUCAGGAGGCAGGAUCAAUCCGUCUACUACCUUCCCGUCUUCAUUGUGGACAGUGGCUCUCCCUCCCUCAGCAGCACCAACACCUUGACCAUCCGUGUGUGUGACUGUGAUGCCGACGGGGUAGCCCAGACAUGCAAUGCCGAAGCCUAUGUCUUACCGGCAGGUCUGAGCACCGGUGCUCUCAUCGCCAUCCUGGCUUGCGUGCUGACAUUGUUGGUGCUCAUCCUUCUCAUCAUCACCAUGAGGAGAAGGAAGAAAGAGCCCCUCAUUUUCGACGAGGAGCGUGACAUCAGAGAGAACAUUGUGCGCUAUGACGAUGAGGGUGGAGGAGAAGAAGACACUGAGGCCUUCGACAUGGCUGCACUGAGGAACCUCAAUGUCAUCCGUGACACCAAGGCCCGCAGGGACGUGACCCCUGAGAUGCAGUUCCUCAGCAGGCCAGCCUUCAAGAGCCUCCCAGACAAUGUUAUCUUCCGGGAGUUCAUCUGGGAGCGACUGAAGGAGGCUGAUGUGGACCCCGGGGCUCCUCCCUAUGACUCCCUGCAGACCUAUGCCUUCGAGGGCAAUGGCUCAGUGGCUGAGUCCCUGAGCUCUCUAGAGUCCAUCAGCUCGAACUCGGACCAGAAUUAUGACUACCUGAGUGAUUGGGGACCCCGCUUCAAAAGGCUGGCAGACAUGUACGGGACUGGCCAGGAGAGCUUAUACUCAUGACCCUUCCUGUAGCCCCAUGCACUGAGGAACAAAACACAGGAAAAAUAUAGAAAAGAAAGAAAGGAAAAGAAAAGACAACACAUCCACCACAAAAGACAAGAACUCCACUGGCUAGAGAAAUUCUGGUUGUAAAUACUUCUCUCUUUCUAAUAGUUUCUGCCUUGAGGGAAAAAUAGUAUAACCUUCUUUCAGUGUGACCAAGGGACUGCACUGACCACAAACUCUGGGUUUGGAAGACUUUUUUGGUAAACAGAGAUGUUCUGUGGUUUGUGAAUAGAUAGCAACUCUCAAUACCUGCAGAGGCACCUAAGCUAUGUAAGUAAGGAGUGCCCAAGUGUAUGUUAUCUGUGAGUCUAGGAUGCCCUGUAUUUCCCUUUGUGGUAUUUCUUACUUCUGGGGAGAGGUGAAUCAACUUGCCAUAGGGAGGAAAAAAUACCUGGGACUUUGUGCAUAUCCUCAAAGCCAAACAAAACAAGACUUGGGAUCCUUUUAAUUUACAGUAAGGUUCUCAGCUUGCUAGACACUAGAAUACAACAGAAUUUCUAUUGCUGUUGGUUAGCAAAUACAUUUUAUUUAGCAAUAUAUAAAUCCUUAGAAAGCCCUGCCCCUAAGGUGCCCCUUGGCAAUCCAAGCAACUAUGGUUUAAGGCAACCUCAACCAUUCUUUAGCCAAUAAGUCAGAAAGUGUCCCCAGUAAGGAAAAAAAAAAUCCUUUAAGUUUGCAGUCAUUUUGAGAUGUUUGUGUAGGUAUGGAAAAAAAAAGUUGCUGUCUAUUCAUUGUUGUUGAUUUUGUUUUGUUUUUAAAUGAUCUCUUCUGAUUUGUACAGAAGAAUAUCAUUUCUUUUUUAUUUGAGACACGGUGAUAUAUUUAUUUUGGAGCUCCAAUCUCCACUAAAUCCAGGUCCAUCUCACUGCCUCACAGUCUUAAGCUCCUGCAGAAUAUACUGAUUGCCUUCCAGUUGGAGCUACAGGAAGGAAAUUAAACAUGGAGAUAAGAAAAAAGUGGUCAAGCAAUGGAAUGCUGUUUCAGUUUAUAUCUAAGAGAGAACACAGCUUCAGGGACAUGGAUAAGCUGUUCUUCUGGGCCAUAAAAAUGUACAAAAUGUUGGAAUACAGUAUUUGUUUCAGGAAGAUAUUUGAAAGAAUUGAGAUUCCUUUGAUGCAAGAUAUCUUUUUCAAGGACACAAGUUCUACACACUUCAAAGACUGUGGAGAAUUUGUUUUCCCCAAUCUCUUUUUUGCUGUAGGCAUUUUAAGUAAAUGCCUGGUUAUUUUUCUAUAUCUUAAUGUACUAAUGCUAUCAAUUUACCACCCCAUCUUUAAAAUCUGAAGCAGACAUGUUCCUUAAGAAUUAUCUAAGUCAUGUGUAACUUCUGUGCUGGUUCAGCUGUGCCAAAGUGAAGGGGGCAGUUUUAAGCGAUCACGUGUUUAAGUUUGAGAUGGGCUUCUUAUAGAGAAUUUUUAUAAGUAGAAUAAUAUUUCUACCUGCCAUUUUUUCCUAGAUUUAAUGCUAAUUUAAUGUGCAUUUAAUGUAAUUCAAAUGAUAAUGGGUGAUUUUUUUUUUCCUUUGUGUCUCCUUUAAAAGUAGCUUAUUGUUGGGUUCCUAAUAAAUUUAUACAUAGUAUUUGGGAAAUUGUAUUCUAAAAGUGCUUCUUAUUGAAAGGCAAACAUUGGAUCCAGGAUAGAAAAUAUUUUAAUUACUCUAGGAGAAACUGUAGGAGUCUAUAAACAUGCAGCCCACCUUUAGAAAUGAACCCUGUGAAAGUGGCCUUCAGCUUCAUCAAAAUAAAUAAUAAACUCAAUUAUCUGAACACA